AUGAAGAGUUUCACCGCCGUUGCGACCGCGUUUGCAGGCGCUGCUCUCUUUCUCAAAUCAGCCUAUGCUGAUCUCGACCCCAUCGUCAUCAAAGGCUCCAAGUUCUUCUAUCAAUCAAAUGGAACACAAUUUUUUAUCAAGGGCGUAGCAUACCAACAGGACUACUUGGGCAAUGGCACCCAGACCAGUUCGACUGACAGCUACAUCGACCCUCUCGCCGAUUCUUCCUCAUGCAAGAGAGACAUCCCCUACCUGCAGAAAUUGGGCACCAAUACGAUCCGUGUCUAUGCUCUUGAUCCUACCAAAGACCAUGAUGAGUGCAUGUCGUUACUAGCAGAUGCUGGUAUCUAUGUCAUCGCCGAUCUUUCUUCUCCCGGCAACUCGAUUGUUCGCGAUAGCCCGACAUGGAACGACGAUCUAUACUCCCGUUAUACAGCGGUGAUUGAUGCCAUGGCCAACUACACAAACACAUUGGGUUUCUUUGCAGGAAAUGAGGUUUCCAACAACAACACCAACACCGAUGCGAGUGCUUUCGUGAAGGCUGCCGUCCGUGACACCAAGGCCUAUAUCAAGAAACAGAACUAUCGCACCAUCGGCGUCGGCUAUGCUACUAACGAUGAUGCUGACAUUCGUGUGAACUUGGCCGACUAUUUCGAUUGUGGAGACAGGACCGAUGCCAUUGAUUUCUGGGGCUACAACAUUUACUCCUGGUGUGGGGAUUCCAGCUACACUGAGUCUGGAUAUGAUGUGCGCACCAAGGAGUUCUCAACUUACAAUGUUCCCGUUUUCUUUGCCGAGUACGGCUGCAAUGAAGUGCAGCCUCGUAAAUUCACCGAGGUGCAAGCAUUGUACGGAGAUCAGAUGACUCCUGUCUGGUCUGGUGGUAUUGUCUACAUGUAUUUCCAAGAGGUGAAUGACUAUGGUCUUGUCAGCGUGUCCGGCAGCUCCGUCAGCACCUUGGCCGAUUUCAAUUACUUGUCUUCCCAAAUUGCGAAGAUUGAUCCAACCGGAGUCAAUUCCAACAGCUAUUCGCCCACCAACACUGCGGCUGCGGCUUGCCCCACGGUGAACAGCGAUUGGCAAGCGUCCUCCGAACUACCUCCAACGCCGAAUCAGGAGCUUUGCGAAUGCAUGUUCGAUGCCUUGACUUGCGUUCCAAACAGAAUUGCGACCGAUGACAUUGGCGAUUUCUUUGGCGUUGUCUGCGGUCUGGGCAGCGGCACUUGCGACGGGAUCACCGCCAAUGCGACCGUGGGCACCUAUGGCGCAUAUGGCAUGUGCAAUCCCACCCAACAGCUGGGCUGGGCUCUCAACAACUACUACGAACAGCAGGUCGCAGCUGGCAAUGGUGCUUCGGCCUGUGAUUUCUCUGGAUCUGCCAAGACCCAGUCGCCGACCAAGCCAACUGGAACAUGUGCUUCAUUAAUCAGUCAGGCCGGUAGUGCAGGCACUGGCACGGUGACUUCUCAGCCCAGUGGCACUGGUAGUUCUGGCUCCGGUUCUGGCUCCGGUUCUAGCUCCAGUGGCAGCGGUAGUAGCAGCAGCAGCUCCAGUGCAGGUGUUCCAGGCUUUUCUACCCCUGGCCAUAUCGGUCUUUUGCAAGUGGUGUUGUAUCUUUCUGUCGCCUUCAUCUCUGGCGCCGGCAUGAUCUUGUUGUAA